GGGAACACGGGGGCCACCCCGUUCCCGGGACACCCCCACCCGGGGAGGCAGCCGCUGUCGUCUCGCCCGCGGGACUACGGAUCAAUGAGAACAUGGGGUACAGACUGGAAGAGGGCGCAGAGGCCAGCUUUUUCCCUAUUUCCACGGAGAUGGUGGCCAAAGCUGGGUCUGAAGGCUCGCCCUGGCUAGAACAGAGACCCAAGCUCCCCAUGUGACAAAGGGACGGAGACUGGAGGGCCCUCUCCAGGCUAGUCUAAAAGCAGGUCUGCCUCGUGGCCUACCUGGGCUUGUUUAUGCUCUGUGUCUCCUACCAAGUUGACGAACGGACAUGCAUCCAGUUCACUAUGAAGCUGCUGUAUUUCCUGCUGAGUGCCCUGGGGCUGACGGUGUGUGUGUUGGCCGCUGCCUUUGUGGCCCAUCACUAUGCCCAGCUGGUGCAGCUGACCUGCGGCCCUGGGCCCCUGGGGGACGCCUGCCACUGCACCAUGCCCUCUGCCGAGCCUCUGCGCCGGACCUUCGUGUACCGUGACGUGGCUGACUGCUCCAGCGUCACCGGCACCCUGGCUGCCUUCCUGCUCACACAGCUGGUGCUCAACCUGGUGUGCAGCCUGGUGUGCCUGCUGGCCUGCUUCCUCAUGUGGAAACACCGCUACCAGGUCUUCUACGUGGGCACCAGGACCUGCGCCCUCACAGCCCCUGGGGGCCAGAAGGUCUGACAUGUCCCGCUACCCACCCCCCAGGUGGGAGGAUAGUAGGGGCAGACAGCCAUGAAUGGGGGGGGAGAGGUGGGGACCUCUUGUCACAGCCACUCACACUCUUUGUUCUAAAUGAAUGUUUAAAAAAAAAAAAGAAAGGUGCGUUUCUUCAAGUUUCUAUAUACAAUUUUUAAAACCCUCCCAAGUGGCCAAAGUAAAGAUCACAUAUUGACUUGGGGGUGUAUGGAAAGAACCCGGAGAAGGGGAGGACAGGCCUGGGGCUGGUUGGACUCCUCAGCAUCCCAUUACUCCUGGGGUCUGCUCUGCUGCCUGGUGACUCACUUGCUAGACCCAUGGAGUCUUCCCCCACCUCUUUCUGGAGUCCUUCCUCUCCUCUGCCUUUGAUUUCCCCUCUUGAGAUGACCCCUUCCCCACCGGGCCAGAGCAGCUUGGAGAAGCAGGAAAACAGGGAAAGGGCUUUGCCAGAGGCAGCACAGUUACAGGCACCUGGGCUUCUGGGGUGCCACCCACUCUCACACAGACACACACAUACACACACACCUGUUCUUCUGGGGUGCCACACACACACACACACACACACACACACACACGUGGUCUCUUCUUUCAGCCCUGCAGAAUGCUCUGAUUCCCAACCACAGCACGCUCAUCCAAGUGUGGCAGUUGUAUUCUUAAUGAUGUCGAAGGCUUAGAAAUAAUCGCAUUUCUCUCCUAUUCUAUCAUCUCAAACAAAUCAUUAAAGCUAAUUUUGAGCUAAUUGUUAAUUAGAAUCAUGCUUCUCUGAAGUUGCCUUAAUGAGCCCCGUCUGUACCUAUGGCACAGAGCUCUGUUGGAAUCAGGAGGAACUGCCUCACGAGGGAAGGAGGCUUAGAGAGUCUUUCUCCUGAAAGCCACACUCCUCAAGGAAGGGGGGAAAGAGUAUUAAUAGUGCAGGUUAAAAAUAUCAGCUUCAAUGAAAACAAGAGCAUUUGUACUGGGGAGUGUUUAUACAAAUAGUACACUUGUGAUCUGCUGUAGUGUAGCUCUCUUGGCAGCUAAAUACUUUGGAGCAAGACUGGGAGCGUGCGUGGGCUCCAUUCAGGAACCUACCCAAUGCACAGUCCCGUGACUGGGUUUGUGUGUGGGGGGGGGGUUGGCUUAGAGAUGCCCUGAGGGCCUCAUGGAGGACGUGCCCACUGACUGGAGGCCGGCAUUGUCAUUCAGUGAGUGUGACUUAGAACAUCACAAGGAUCCUUCAGAGAGACUUGUCUCUUUGAUGAAAAUCAGAGCAUUCUUCACACCUGCAGAAGGAACCGGGGAUGCAAAUUCACACAGCUUAAAUGCCACUGAGGACUUGCGCUGCUUCCGUGCUCUCUGGAAGCAGAGCUCCAGGUUGACAGCAAAGCUCAUCGCCUGUCCAUCUGCUUUCCUAACUGUGAAAUUCCACCAUAAGGCAAAAAGCACUUUUGUGCUUGCCUUUGAGGGUGGAUGAGUGAUUCUACUGGUCGCAACUGUACAAUGUCAGCUUCUACACACCUUAGACACAUAACCUGAAAGGACGGCACUAAGGCUUUCAGUGAAGGAUGAUAAAUGCCUGUUUUUUGGUUCUCUGGGUAAAAUGACUCUUCAGCAAAUAUGAAAAGCUUGCUGUGUGCGCACCUGCUUUUAAAAUGUCCUCCUUUACAUUAGCUUGGGCAAAAAGGCACAUUGAACAGCUUGAUAGGUGAGAUGCUGGCCAAGGAAGCCCCAGCCAAUCCCAGGUGAUACUCAUAGGUCACCUGGCACGUUGGGAGCUGCCCUCAGAGUCCCUGGUGCUCCGGCAGCGGCAGACCCUGCAGAUCACUUCCAUUUCAGCAGCUCUUGACACAAGAAGGUAGGUGACUGAGACUGAGGGACCAGCACCGUCAUGCCCACGGCUGCACUCGGGCUGCAACACCUCUGACAGAGUUGGAUGGCAAACAUGACAAGCAUUUUCUUUAACACUAGGAAACUAAAAUUCUACACAUUACUGAGGUGCUUUCCAUGUGAGUCACAGGAUAUUCCAAAUGGGAGAGAAGUCUUAGACCAGGCGCUGUUUUUUUUGUUUUGUUUUGUUUUUUUUCCUGUGUCCUGCAGCCCAUUGCAAUGAGCUUGAUACUAGUGGGAGUGUUCAUAAGCAAAGCCCUAAGAAAGAUGCCCAGGCUAAAAACCCACUAAGUAUCCACACAUGCACAGGCACACAGAAGACUUAACAGCCUUGGAUGGGAUCUGAAGUAUUUUGAGGUGGCGUUGUACAAAUAUUGAAGUUACAAGAAUGGCAAUGGAGAAGGAGCAGACACACAGCUCUACACUCAAUGAGACCAUCUGCAUCUCCCUCCUCCUCCUCCAGAGAAAGGCAGGGAAUCAAGAUUUAUUUGGGAAAAGGAGGUGGGGCAGGGGACACGCAGCGAGACUUGGCAGAACUUAAAAUAGGAGGAACCCGGCGGACAGCCUUCGUCGGGGAGCCCACCCCGCUAGUCUGUGCCUCCAUGUGACUGCCAUCUGUGCCUCCUGGAUCCCUCCAAUGCUGUGUAGGCAGCUCCUUGGAACCGGGCCUAGAAACAUAACUGCACUGGGCCCUGGGAGCUCAUCAGGCGGCCCAGCCUGUCACUUCCCACUGGAGUAGAGAUGUCCAGAGGUGUGGCCUCCUCUGCACUCCUCAGUGGGCUGCUCCUGUGUGCUUCCUGCCUACACCAGCAUCCCUUCACACCCUGACUCCUGUCCUCUUGCAUGCUGACUAUCUGGAACCAGUCUGUAGGAUUGUAGUCAAAAGAUCCAUACUCCCAGAGGGAGAAAGAAUAGGGAAGCUAUCAGGGGAGGGGAGGGGAUACGGAGUUCUGGUGGUGGGAAUUGUGUGGAGUUAUACCCCUCUUAUCCUAUGGUUUUGUCAAUGUCUCCUUUUUAAAAAAUUAAAAAAAUUUAAAAAAGAUCCCCAGGAGGUGCCAGGCAGUGCAGUGAUCACUCGGUGACCAGCAGACUUGUUGGUUCCCAAAGAUGCCCGUUGCCUGCUGUCACGGAGCCCACCUUGUCCGUCCAUCACUGACAGCCAUCAGUUUCUGUGCUCCAUCCCUACUGCACCCACAGAGGCCUGCCCCAUUCUCACCAUGAGCUAGGGUGGAUGGUCAAUGGUUCCAUGUGUGAGGUGAAUACCCUGAUGCAUUUCUUCUGGUUUUCUUGUAUUUCACUGCAUCUAAUAAAUAAAAUAAAUGUAUCUGCUGACCUGCA